UGUUGACAUUGGGUAUUCUUUUCCUUUCUUGCGACAUAAACUAGGGACUCUGAAGGUUUCUUUUUAUUUUAUUUUUUUUAUUUAUUUUUUAUUCAUAUUGUAUUUGCCACCUCACUGCAUUACAGUUCGUUCCGUGCCUGGGGCACCGAGGCAUCGGAAGCACCGAAAUGCGGAGAUCAGCUGGACUUGGCGCCCGCGCCCGCGGCGUCACCGGCUUAGUGAUACAAAAUACACGGCCAACCCCAUCAUCACCAGCGCCACGCCCCGCCUCAUCGCGGAUACAGAUCCGCAACAGCAUCGUCUCCAGGUCGCUGUUCCACUCCAAGUUCAGAGACAACAGCCCGGAGGCGCUGGGAACCGCGGUCAACCUCGUCCCAGACGUUGCUGCUACCCCCGUUCUUGCGCCAAAGAACCCCCGCCAUGUCACCAUCGCCGACAUCCUCAACCGCCGCGCCAAGGCCGGCAGGCUCGUCGCUGGUACCGCUGCCUACUCGGACAGCGACAUGUUCAAGGGUCCCUCAUUAGGCAAGCCAAAGGCCAAGAGGUGGGACCACCAUCUCACCGAUGAGAGCAAGGCCCGUGAGCCCUGCAUGCUCAAGCAGGCGGCCAAGCACCUCAAGAAGCCUGGGCUGAUCUCGCUCGGCGGCGGGCUGCCCUGCGCCGAGAACUUCCCCAUCGAGUCGCUGAGCAUGAAGGUGCCGCGGGCGCCGCACUUCUCCGAGGAGGCGACGCGCGAGCUCGGAGAGGAGCUGCGCAUCGGCAAGUACGACGUAGCGGCAGGCGAGUCCGAGUAUGACCUGUCGAUCGCGCUCAACUAUGGGCAAUCGAUGGGGUCGGCGCAGAUGAUGCGCUUUGUCACCGAACACACGGAGCUCGUGUGCCGCCCACCCUACGCCGACUGGCGGUGCGCUCUCACCGUCGGCAGCACCGGCGCCCUAGAGCAGGCCCUCCGCAUGCUAUGCGACCGCGCCCGCCACGACGCUGUUCUCACUGAGGAGUAUAGCUUCUCCACCGCCCUCGAGACCGCCGCGCCCCUCGGCAUCCAUCUCUUCGGCGUCGCCAUGGACGCCCAGGGCCUGCUGCCCGACGCCAUGGACGCCAUGCUGCGCGACUGGGACCCGGCGCAGCGAGGGGGUGCCAGGCGCCCGCACGUCCUCUACACCGUGCCGUCGGGCCAGAACCCGACUGGCGCCACCCAGGGCGAGCAGCGACGCCGCGACAUCUACGACGUGGCCCGCCGCCACGACGUCUUCAUCAUCGAGGACGAGCCGUACUACUUUCUGCAGAUGCUGCCGUAUGCAGGGAAGACAGAAGCAGCGGCGGGGGCGGGGGCGCAAAAGACAUUGCCGGCGAACGAGGAGUCGGUCGAGGACUUUCUAGCCUCGUUAAUCCCGUCGCUACUGAGCAUGGACACGGACGGGCGCGUGCUGCGCAUGGACUCGUUCUCCAAGGUGGUGGUGCCGGGGUCGCGCAUCGGCUGGAUCACGGCGUCGGAGCAGGUCGCCGAGCGCUACAUCCGCCACGCCGAGGUCGCCAGUCAGGGGCCCAGCGGCGUCUCGCAGGUCCUGUUGCACCGCCUGCUCGACACGCACUGGGGCCACGACGGCUACCUGCGCUGGCUGAUGCACCUGCGGCAAGAGUACACGGCCCGCCGCGACGUCCUGCUCACCGCCUGCUCCGCCCACCUCCCCCGCGACGUCGUCAGCUGGGACCCGCCCGCCGCGGGCAUGUUUCACUGGCUAAAGAUCGCGCACGAGGCCCACCCGGACGCGGGGUCCAAGUCGGUCCUCGCCAUCGAGGACGACAUCUUCAACCGGUGCAUCGCCAAGGGCGUGCUCGUGGCGCGCGGGUCGUGGUUCCGCACCGAGCGCGGCGAGCUCGCCAGCCCGCCCACCGACCUCUUCUUCCGCGCCACCUUCGCCGCUGCCACGCCCGAGAACAUGGCCGAGGCUAUCCGCCGGUUCGGCGCCGCUGUGCGUGAGAGUUUUAGGCUGGAGUAGACUGGGUACCUUCGUAUGUAGCUAAUGUGGUGUGGUGUGGUGGUGCAUGGGGGAGUUGGGUACCUAGGUAUGUGUCUAGCACUUGAGAUGGUAUUGGUAUUUGUGUGUAAAUAGGCAGGCAGGCAGGAAUAGCCGUAGCUCCAGGUUCUCGAUCUUCUGCUAGCGGGCUUCUAGAACUUGAGCUUGGGUAAAUAUUCGUUUAGGAAAAUGACAAGCAAAGUCAAAUCCCUUUCUUUCUUUUUCCUUUUUAAACGGAAAAGAAAGAAGGCCAAGAAACUACAAAUUGCGGUG